AUGCAUCAAUCGAUCUGCAUACUCCAAGCCAUCAGCAUCAGCAUGUACCGUCCUCAACCGCCGCCCAUGGAUGCCGACGAAGUUGAAGCAAUCUUCGAAUCAAUCGACAAGAAAAUCCAGCAAUCCACACCAUCCAACAUCAAAGUGAGAACAUCAGACAUCCCAGAAGACGACACAGUCCUCUCCAUUCUUCACCUCCACCUCUCCAGCAUGUCCCAAGACCGCGAGAAAAGACUCAGUGACCUAAUCUCUCGCAUCAACGCCCUUCGCAGCAAACUCGACGAUAAGCAACAACCAGAGGAGCAGAUACGUACUGACCGAAGUCGUCUCCUGAGUUUCAAAGAAUUCGAUGAUUUGUCGAUAGAACAGCGUCGGAUUUAUCUGGCGCAUGUUCCUGUCAAAGUGAUUGUAGAUUUGGAUGAUGAGAUUGAGGCGAAGAGGAAUGUUCUGGGGAAAGUUGAGAGGGAUUUGGCGACGAAGGAGUGA